UGCGUAUGUGGAAUUUUUGUCAAAUAAAAAUUAAAUUCCUUUCUUUUCUUCUCAGACGAUUUCUUCGAAGAACAGGUUGCAGUGAAUUUCUACGAGUAUUUUGUGUAAAAGUUUAAAAGAGUGUUUCAGAAAUGACUUCCGAUUGGGAUGAAAUCAAGCGGUUAGCCGCUGAUUUGCAGAAAGCUCAGCUUUCUACAUCUAUGCAAAGGUUAUCGGAGAGAAAUUGUGUGGAGGUCAUUAGUUUGCUGAUUUCUAAAGGUCUGUUGGAGGUAAUUUUUACCACUGAUGGAAAGGAAUAUCUUACUCAUGCCCAUCUCAAGCAAGAGAUCAAAGAUGAAAUGUUCAUCCAAGGGGGCCGAGUCAAUCUGGUGGAUUUAGCUAAAACGCUGAGCGUUGAUUUUGAUAAGGUCCAACGAAUGGCGGAACAGGUUAUUGCGGAAGAUAGGUCGAUAAAGUUCAUCCUCGGACAAUUGUUCGACGAGGUUUACUUGCAGCGCGUUUCUUUGGAGAUUAAUGAAAAACUGUCCCAAACCGGAGAGAUUGAUGUAGCCGAUCUAACUACUCAAUAUGAUUUACCAGCUGAUUUUAUUCUGAACUCCAUAAUGUUGAAGUAUCUCAACAAAACUAUUAUGGGAAAGCAGGAUUCUUCUAAUGCGAAUAUCUUUUUCACACAGUCAUUCAUAUCCCGAAAUAAGGCGAAGAUUCGUGGCGCCUUAGCGGCAAUUACUAAACCUACCCCGGUUUCUGCUAUUCUAGCUCAAAGCGGGAUUCCUGAUAAACUGUUUUAUUUGUUGAUUAACGAAGCGACAGCUUUAGGUACUGUAACCUCAAAGUCUCCAGCAGCUCUGUACAUUCCUCAUCUCUUUACUAAGAUGCAGGUGGAAUGGGUUCAAAAUUUCUACCGGCAGAAUGGAUAUUUGGAAUACGACUCAGUAGCUAGGUUGGGAGUUACCGAUGUCAAAAGCUUCAUCGUUAAUCAAUUGCCGAAUGAGAAAAUUACUUAUUUGAAGAAAUGUUGCAUUGGAGAUAAGUUGAUUGAACAAGUAACCGCUUUGUUCGAUGAGUGUAUUGCUACUAACAGUUAUUUGGAUAUAUCCACCAUUCUACCGUCGAUUAUGAGUGAGGACGAUAUUGAGCAAUUGCUAACGAAAGUAAUAUCGCCAACUAAACUGAAACAAACGCUCACAUUUGGCAGCACAAUUUUAACAAACAAAUUUAUUGACGACAUUGUGAAACCUUGCUUCGUUAUAGCCAAUGAAAAUGCAAUGAAAUCUGUCGACAGUGGAAGUUAUCAGAAGUACAUGGCAGAAAAAACGAUGAAACAUCAUGAUACCGAUAAGGAGCCGGUUGCCGGUGAGAGUAAAGGCGACAAGCGAGAUGAACGCCGCAAAAAAGCUGCUGGUGGAAAGGGUGGUGGAGGCACCCAGGGACGUGAGACGAAAACGAAAUCAACGAAAAAGCACACCCGUGGCAAUAGAGGAAACGUUUCGGACUCGGAUGACGAAGUAUCGGGAGGAAAUGUUUCGAAAAAGGCCGGAAAGGAAACUACAAUUGAAUUGAUUACAACGAAAGAUAUUGCAAAGGUGCUUGAGAGUGGGUUGGAACCCGAAGGACUCGAAGAUUUAUCCAAACAGUUGGCACAACACUAUUAUCCUCAAUUCAGUAAAUUUGCCCUGGCCAAAGCCCAUGAACUGUAUGAAAUGUCGCUUCACCAGAGUAACCAAAACCGUCGGCAAACGCAUGCAAACUUGCAGGAUAAACUGAACAAUUUGUACAACGACAUUCGUCUCUACGAUAAAGGAAUCAAGAUCCUACCGAGCGAUGUGCAGCAGCAGUUGGUCAAGUAUUUGCUCAAAACGUUUGGCACAGAGUUUUGCAACGAAAUAUUCUUUUAUGUGGCCGCCGAAUGCAAUCUGAACAGUAACGGAACGACAUUAACGGCGGAACAGCGUACGAAAAUUGUCCAAGAUUGCAGUCAAGAGUAUAAAGCUGCCCUGCUUGCGUUGAACAAAGCGACAACUAGUAGUGCUUCCAUUGAUGAUUAUCUUGUGGUGGCAGAAAACUCUCUUCAAGUUUGCAGUAUGAUACUGAAAAAAAUAGACAAGAAAAAAGAUCGAAAUUUAAUUCUUUGUCACAAGCAUGGUUUGCUAGAGCAACUGUCGAACUGUACGGAUCCGGCCUUGGUAUUACAUCUGGCUGUGCUGGUAAUUUUCACCAUUUCCACACAAAAUAUGCUGCAUGCAUCCGGUCGACACGUGUCGGCUAUUUUAAGCUUUUUGCAGCCGUCACUUAGCCCGGAACAUGCUCAAACACUGACAACCUACCAUGACGCAGUGCUACAAUUGCUUAGUGCCGAAAGUGGCACAGGAGACAGUAAACCCGCUGUAGAUUCUAUUUCGAAGCAGUUGGAGGCGUUGACACCGGUAGUUAAGGAAAUAGCAACAAAUUUCAAAAAGUUGGGCGUUACAAGUGCGGAGUGAUAGUCUUUAUUAAGGUUUCAGUGAAUUGUUAAUUAGUUGUGCUACAGUUUUUUGAAUAAAUGAGGAAUGUAAAUAAAUACAAACUACUUACGUUGGUAGAAUAUUACACACAUUGCCACAU